CCCCCCCAGACGCUUGCUCACUCGUUAGCUCACCGGCAGGGAGGGUGCCUCUGCAGAGCCCUACUGUCUCCUCUCUUCUGUCCCCUUUGCCUCUCGGCCGGGCCUCUACACGGGGCAACUGCCGGCGUGUGUGAGGAGGCGCCGUGUCCAGUGAGAGGGAGCCCAGGCCCGCUCGGCGUUGCCGUGCCUGCCUGCGUCCCGGCCCUCGCCUCGCCACCCCCUCCGGCUGGUCACUGUUGAGGAGGAGAGGGAGAAAGGAGAGGUCGGAGCAGGUUGCGGGUUUGCCGCCUCCCAGCCUUCAGGCUGCCCCUUCCCUUCCUCCCCCCCGAUCUUUCCCCUCCCGGACCCUCGGCCCAGCCGCCGCAAUACGAUGUGGUCCCAGCCGCUGCGGCUGGGCGCGGGGCGGCUGCUGCGGCUGCUGUUGCUGCUCCCGAGGCUGCGGCUCGGGCGGUCGCUGCAGAGAAUCUGAAGGCAGUGAGCGGCGCGGCCGCUCCCGCGCUCUCGGGGUGCGGUGCUGCGCGGUGCGGUUCCUGCACGCGCGCGCGUGUUCGCCUCAGCGCGCACCCGAGCGUCUGCGGCGCGUGCCCGUGCUCGCGCGGGGGGUCGCGGGGCGGCAGCCACGAACGCAGCCCCCGCGCCUCAUCCCUCCGCCGUCCCCGCUCCCUCUGGAAGGACGUGGCUGUUAUAUGAAGACCCUGUGUGGACAGUAAUGACCGCACGUUUCCGAUUGCCUGCUGGCAGAACCUACAAUGUACGAGCAUCUGAGCUGGCACGAGACAGGCAGCAUACGGAGGUAGUCUGCAACAUUUUUCUCCUGGAUAACACUGUACAAGCUUUCAGAGUUAAUAAACAUGAUCAGGGACAAGUUCUAUUGGAUAUAGUCUUCAAGCAUCUCGAUUUGACAGAAAGAGAUUACUUUGGUUUACAGUUAGCUGAUGAAUCUACUGAUAACCCUAGGUGGUUAGAUGCAAACAAGCCUAUCAGGAAACAAUUAAAAAGAGGAUCUCCUCACAGCUUGAACUUCAGAGUUAAGUUUUUUGUAAGUGACCCCAACAAGCUCCAGGAAGAGUACACAAGGUACCAGUAUUUUUUGCAAAUUAAACAGGACAUUCUUACUGGAAGAUUGCCCUGUCCUUAUAAUACUGCUGCUCUUCUGGCUUCCUAUGCUGUUCAAUCACGUUUUGCUGAGUUGGAUACGGAAAAAAAUACUGCCGAGCUGGGAGACUACAACCAUUCAGAAAACUUGCCAGGCUACCUCUCAGACUAUUCUUUCAUCCCUAGCCAGCCUCAAGACUUUGAAAAAGAAAUAGCAAAAUUACAUCAGCAGCACAUAGGGCUGUCUCCUGCAGAAGCAGAGUUCAAUUAUCUCAAUACAGCACGUACCUUAGAACUUUAUGGAGUUGAAUUGCACUAUGCAAGGGAUCAGAGUAACAAUGAAAUAAUGAUUGGAGUGAUGUCAGGUGGAAUACUAAUUUUUAAGAACAGAGUACGGAUUAACACCUUUCAGUGGUUGAAGAUUGUAAAAAUUUCUUUUAAGUGCAAACAGUUUUUUAUUCAACUUAGAAAAGAAUUGCACGAAUCUAGAGAAACCUUACUGGGCUUCAACAUGGUGAAUUACCGGGCAUGUAAGAACUUGUGGAAAGCUUGUGUUGAACAUCACACGUUCUUCCGUUUGGACAGACCGCUCCCCCCUCAGAAGAACUUUUUUGCACAUUAUUUCACUCUGGGUUCCAAGUUCCGGUACUGUGGGAGAACAGAGGUGCAGUCUGUGCAGUAUGGUAAAGAAAGAGCAAACAAAGACCGGGUAUUUGCAAGAUCCCCCAGCAAACCCUUGGCACGUAAAGUAAUGAGUGGGAUGGACUGGGAAGUAGUGAGUAGGAACUCGCUGUCUGAUGAUAGGUUGGAAACACAGAGCCUACCAUCACGGUCUCCACCUGGAACACCAAAUCAUCGCAACUCUGCCUUCACUCAAGAAGGAGCCCGCUUACGACCCUCAUCAGUUGGACAUCUGGUGGACCAUGUAGUUCACACUUCCCCAAGUGAAGUAUUUGUAAAUCACAGGUCUCCGUCUUCCACACAGGCUAAUAGCAUCAUCCUGGAAUCAUCACCAUCUCAAGAGACUCCUAUAGAUGGGCAGCCUCCUGCGUUACCACCUAAACAAUUUAAAAAGAACAGUUGGAACCAAAUUCAUCAUUCACACUCACAGCAAGAACUGGAUAACCAUAUUAAUGAAACAUUUGAUGUUCCUGCAUCACCUGAAAAAUCCACACCCAAUGGUGGUAUCCCCCAUGACAAUCUCGUUAUGAUCAGAAUGAAACCAGAUGAAAAUGGAAGGUUUGGCUUCAAUGUAAAGGGUGGAUAUGAUCAGAAGAUGCCAGUAAUAGUGUCCAGAGUAGCUCCAGGAACACCUGCUGAUCUCUGUGUCCCUCGUUUGAAUGAAGGGGACCAGGUUGUACUGAUUAAUGGCAGGGAUAUAGCAGAGCACACCCAUGAUCAAGUUGUUAUGUUUAUUAAAGCUAGCUGUGAGAGACACUCAGGGGAACUUGUGCUCCUAGUUAGACCCAAUGCUGUCUAUGAUGUUGUGGAAGAGAAGCUGGAGAGCGAGCCUGACUUCCAGUACAUCCCUGAGAAAUCUCCACUUGAUGGUGUCCAUCAAGACGAUAAUGCUCUGAGGGAGUCCAUGAUUCAGCUAGCAGAGGGGCUUAUCACUGGAACUGUUUUGGCUCAAUUUGAUCAAUUGUACAGGAAAAAGCCUGGAAUGACAAUGUCUUGUGCCAGAUUACCUCAAAACAUUUCCAAAAAUAGAUACAGAGACAUUUCGCCUUAUGAUGCUACACGGGUUAUUUUAAAAAGUAAUGAAGAUUACAUCAAUGCAAAUUACAUCAAUAUGGAAAUCCCUUCUUCCACAAUAAUAAACCAGUACAUUGCUUGUCAAGGUCCAUUACCGAACACUUGUCCUGAUUUUUGGCAGAUGACUUGGGAACAAGGCUCAUCUAUGGUUGUAAUGUUAACAACUCAAGUUGAAAGAGGCAGAGUUAAAUGCCAUCAGUACUGGCCAGAACCAUCAGGAAGCUCAUCAUAUGGGAAUUUCCAGAUUACCUGCCAUUCAGAAGAAGGAAAUCCUGCUUAUGUCUUUCGAGAAAUGACAUUGACUAAUCUGGAGAAAGAAGAAAGCCGCCAACUAACCCAAAUCCAGUAUAUAGCAUGGCCUGACCAUGGGGUUCCGGACGAUUCCAGCGAUUUCCUAGAUUUCGUGUGUCUUGUGCGAAAAAAGAGGGCUGGCAGAGAAGAACCUGUUGUUGUUCAUUGCAGUGCUGGGAUUGGACGGACAGGAGUUCUUAUUACUAUGGAGACAGCUAUGUGUCUCAUUGAGUGCAAUCAGCCUGUUUAUCCAUUAGAUAUUGUAAGAACCAUGAGAGAUCAAAGAGCCAUGAUGAUCCAAACACCUAGUCAAUACAGAUUUGUAUGUGAAGCUAUUUUGAAGGUGUAUGAAGAAGGAUUUAUUAAACCUUUACAAGCAUCACUGCAUAAGUGAAGAGCAAAAAAACCUAGAAUAUCAAUUGAGGAAUCCUGUCCUCUAUAAUGAACUGGCAGCAUUCGUUGUGCCAUAAUACUGCUUGCAGGAAAUGGUAGUGAAGUACAGCAAAGAAUUGACAAAGGACUUUGAAAACUUCAGCACUGUUGCACUUUACGUUGAAAAAGAAAAAAAAUCAGUCUCUGAAACUCUUCAUCUCUUUGAAGACUUUAUUUUCAUGCUUUGCUCCGAACAAACCAUAAACUGAAAGAACUAAUUGUGUUCAGGGUAAUCGACAAUAUUUCAUUGUAGUGCCAUAUACUGCGCUUCUGGUUGAAUUGCUACAAACAAGGCUUGGAAUUAUUUCACUCUGUUUUACACCCAUGUCUCUUAAAAUGAAGAAAAAAAAAGAAAAAAAAGAGAGAAAAAAAUACACUAAGCCAUGGUCUUUUUCCAGUGCUAGGUUUAUUUACUAUGUACAGACUCUCACUGUUUUGUUUUCUACAACAUUAGCAAUAUUGCCAAUACUAGAUAGAUACACACUGCCUACUGAUGCAGCACACUUUGUCCUACACCCUGACUAGAGACCAGCUGGUUGUUAGAGGAAAGCUGGCAUCUGUGUUAACCCAGCAGUAGCUGCAUAGUGCCCACUUACCAGCAUCUUGUACAAAAUAAUAACAGUAACAAUAAAAACUUUAAAAAAUAAUAAAUAAACAGCAUUUCUGUGACACAGCUUGUGUGUCAUACACUGGUGUAUUCUGAUUCGUGUGACUUAAGAUUACGUGAUGGGAACUAGUGCAUGCAUUGUGUCUUAACCCCUUAAGUGCCUUGAGACUUACAGCGUACAUCCAGUGAAAGGCACUCAUGAGUCUGUGGGGGUGGUAUUGUUCUGUCAUAUUUAUCUUAAUGGGUUCAGAUUUUUAAAACGGCCCUUGGUGCUUGGAAUGUGUUACCACAAGGGGUCAUGGAAAUACCAUUCCCUCUUUCUUGAUACAAGUACCUGUGUGCUGCUCUGGGUAGCAAAAGCACCUCUGCCAACUUAAUGAAUGAGCAUUGUAUGCUGCUGUGUGGUAAUCUUGUGAAAAAUCUGACACAUUCCUUCAUUCCUUCCAAAUAGUCUCUUACUAGCAGCUUAUUGUGAAAUGCUGGUAGGUCAUUAGGAGCUGAUACUUUGUUUUAUCCUUUUAUUGAGAAUAGCUGUCUUACUUGAUUAGAACAUAACUUUUUAAUAGCACUGAUCACUAAGUUGAACUUGCAAUCAGAUGUGAUUUAAUUCCAUUUUCUGCUAACCAAUUACUUUUUCAAGUCCUCAUAGUUGAUUUCAAGCCAUGUUCGUACAGGUCUGCCUUUUCUUUUUUGGGGGGUGUUUUUUUCUUUUUCUUUUUUUUUUUUUCCUUAGUUGCUUGGGUGGGAGGGAGAACACUAUGAAAUUGUUCUAAAACUUUAUUUGAAUUCUAUAAUGACCCCAGUCAACUUCUGUUAUACUUGUGCAAAAUUGUUCUGGUCGGUAUGGGUUGUUUCCAAUUUUGUAGGUAGAAGUUUUGUAAGAAGUGUCUGUCUGAUACAGUCUCUGAGCUCAUUCUAAAGAUACCAGUUUUUAAAGUUUUUUGCAGUAUGGGAGAAACCAAGUCAGAAGCAAAGUAUCUGGUGUAAUAUACUGUAAGAAGCAAAUCAGUCACUUCUUUGACUGCCCUGUGACAACAUAACUUUGUUCCCUCUAUUUAAAAUGUUUUAAUUUAUUGGUUUCCUGAAAAUGUUUAUCCAGUAAAUUGUGUUGUAAGCUGUAUGGGGCAUAGAAUUAGAAUGGAAAGUUCUAUGCCUACACAAUUUUUAACUAUGGAAGAAUUAUAUAAUAUAAUAUACUGUGUUCUAUGGACAUUUGAAAGAGAUCAUCUAUGAACUAGUAAGUGGAAAGGGGUUCAGGCAAAAUGAAAUCCUGGCAUAAGACUUAGUAAUAAACAUGAACCACAAUGCCAAAUCGAAGACAGAGUUUUAAUAUUUUUAGAAGACUAAAUAAUACUAGGUGGCCUGUGGCCCUGUUACUUAUAUUUCUAGAUUUGAUGCUUAAAUCAAUAUUGAAUCUUACAAGAAUCUCUGGAGCUGAUAAACUCAAAAAGAGUAAUAAGGUAGCUUUAAUCUCAGUUUUAUUUUAAGCCAUUUGCAACAAAAGAAAAUUCUUUAGGAAAGUACAAGCUUUAACUUCCAUAUUACAAGAUUAUUAGCAGAGAUGCUGACUAGUUGGAAGGCUGUUUUAAACUCAGCACUUGAAACAGUUCAGUCAUUAUAUUGAAAUAAACUUUCUUCAUAGUUAAGUUGUAAAUGAAAAUAGCAUUUGCCCUUUUUUUCUGAGGGAAAUCAGAAAUGGAGUUUAUAGCAACAUUACAUAGUGUUGGUAUGUCACAUAUUUAAAUAUUCCUAUAUAAAGUUGCCAAAGCAGUUUGAAUUCAAAAGACUCAUUUAUACCACAAUGAAGUGUGGGAUAUUUAUUGUUUGUCUGUCAUUACUGGUUUUAUGACAAACAUGAGGUAAGAACAACAGCUCUCUUCAAAUUCUUCCUCUGCACUGAUUUAAGCUGAUGUGUAGUGUAUUAACUAGUUGCACUGGGGGGAAAAUGGAAACAAAGUAACUAUUCCUAGAUAAUUGGCCAU